AGCCAGUCAGCCAGCCAGCCAACAGCUAAAGCUACACGGGGAGCAGACUGUCGGGCCCACAUCGUUUACGGAAUCAACCGUCGGUCAUUUUGUUCAGGCGGACCUCCGACCAGCAGGGGAUUAGAAACGUGCGAGAUCAUAUGUGUUUGAAGGGGGAAAUAAGAUCGCAAGAUGGUUCGGGAAACCAGACACCUCUGGGUGGGAAAUUUACCCGAACAUGUUCGCGAGGAGAAAAUCGUGGAGCAUUUUAAAAGGUAUGGCCGUGUGGAGAGCGUCAAGGUUCUGCGAAAGCGAGGGUCAGAGGGUGGUGUUGCAGCCUUUGUGGAUUUUGUGGAUAUCAAAAGUGCACAGAAGGCUCACAAUGCUGUCAAUAAGAUGGGAGACCGAGACCUUCGGACUGACUACAAUGAGCCGGGGUCAGUCCCUAGUGCUGUGCGGGGCCUCGAAGACAGCUCCCCCUCCAGCAGUCGAGACGCUGCAGGAUUCUCUAGGGGAACAGUUGGCGCAGUGUUUGGCCCACCUGUGUCCCUACACACCCGAGAGGGACGUUAUGAGCGGAGACUAGAUGGUAGUUCAGAAAGCCGUGAACGUGCAUAUGAUCACAGCCCAUAUGGCCACCAUGAGCGCAGUGGGACUUUUGACCGACGUCACUACAAUGCUGAAUAUUACCGCGAUCGCUCUGUGUUCGCAACUGCUGGCCCCGGCAGCAGUGCCAUCGGAGGGAGUUUUGAGGCAGCAGACCCACAUUUUGACUCUAGAAUACGAGACCCAUUUACUCUUACCAAUUCAACACGGCGUGACCUCUACAGGGAUGAUAGAGGGCGACGUGUUGAUCGAGCUUAUCAUCACCAUCGUCGAAGCAGAUCAUCUCAUUCCUCCCAGUCGAGGCACCCGUCUCCUCAACGGACCGCAGGGCAAACCUCAAAAACUCCCCAUUCUCCUAAAAGAACCCCUUUGUCACCCGGAAGAGGCCCAAGAUCAAGAUCUCAUAGCAGAUCUUCAAGCUCGGACUCCGUUAGCAGCACCAGCAGCACAGGCAGCGGCAGCGAUUCAAACAGCAGCUCUAGCGAUGGUUCUCGGGCCCGCUCCGUUCAGUCAUCGGCAGCACACGCACCUCAGCCAUGUAUGGUGAUGGAUUCUGAAGAACCACGGAGAAGCUUUGGAAUCAAAGUACAAAACUUACCAGUGCGCUCCACAGAUACAAGUUUAAAAGAUGGACUCUUCCACGAAUUCAAGAAAUAUGGGAAAGUGAAUUCAGUUCAGAUUCAUGGCACAUCAGAGGAUCGCUACGGCUUAGUGUUCUUCAGACAGCAAGAGGAUCAGGAGAAAGCCCUCAGUGUCUCCAAGGGAAAGCUGUUCUUUGGCAUGCUUAUUGAGGUUACAGCCUGGAAUGGUCCUGAAACUGAGAAUGAAAAUGACUACAGGCCUUUAGAUGGGCGACUAGAUGAGUUCCACCCCAAGGCUACUAGGACACUGUUUAUAGGAAACCUUGAAAAGACCACCAGUUAUCAGCAACUACUUGACAUUUUUCAGCGCUUUGGAGAAAUUGUUGACAUCGACAUCAAGAAAGUAAAUGGCAUUCCUCAGUAUGCCUUUGUCCAGUAUUCUGAUAUCGGCAGCGUUUGCAAGGCUAUAAAGAAAAUGGACGCAGAAUAUCUGGGAAACAACAGGCUUAAGCUUGGGUUUGGGAAGAGUAUACCUACUACAUGUGUUUGGCUUGAUGGAUUGGCCCCCAACAUUACAGAGCAAUAUCUCACACGGCAUUUCAUGCGCUAUGGGCAUGUAGUAAAAGUCAUAUUUGAUCGGCUGAAGGGGAUGGCCCUCAUCUUGUACAACAAUACAGAUUUUGCUCAGGCAGCUGUGAGGGAGACUAAAGGAUGGAAGAUCGGCGGUAAUAAAAUUAAGGUGGAUUUUGCGAGCCAGGAAAGCCAGAAUGCAUUUUACCGCUCAAUGCAAGCCUCUGGUCAAGACAUUAGAGACUUCUAUGAAGUUCCACCAGAACGACGAGAUGAUCGCAGACCUCCUUAUCAUGAGUUUACAGCAGAGAGAGCCUACUAUGAGAACAUAAGGACCACUGGCCUUUAUCAAGAAGACGCUCGCAGAGAAUAUGCUGCACGCAGCAGAGAGCGCUUUCCUGAACUGGAACAUUAUCAGGGUGAACAUUUUGACCCACGUUAUCAUGAAGAUCCAAGGGACUACAGGGACUACAGAGACCCCUUUGAGCAAGACAUCAGAAAAUACACCUAUAUUCAAAGAGAACGAGAAAGAGAGCGGGAGCGUUUCGAAGCUGAUCGUAGCAGGUGGAGUCCAUCUCAUCCAAGGCGAGCUAUUACUCCCACAAUAUCCCCAUCUCCAUCCGAACGUGCUACCAGAGACUCAGAACGACGUGUUUACAGCCAGUCAUCUGAGAGGAGCGGUAGCGUGAGCUCGAUGUCACCUCCUCAUUUUGACAAAUCCGAAAAGACCUUGCUUGAUCAUGCAGCAAAGAGUGAGAAGAGCACUCAGUCUGACCAGGUGGCAGGGGCUGAGAAACCCAAGCGCCCAAAACGAAAGGAUAAAACUGACAAAGAAAAGGCUGAAAAGGCUAAAUCAAGGAAAGCAAAGGGUCAGUCCCCGGCCAACCAAAUACCAGAAACUGAGCCGGAUGUUGGCUUUGAUGGAGGAUCUGGACGAGGAAGGGGAUCAGACCAAGAUGUUCUUGAGAAACAGAAAUGUAUGGUAGAUGGGGACAGUCUGUCUGGAAACCAGUUAGCAACUGCUUUUCAAGACUCUGUAAAAAGUGAAAUGAACAAAGUCGAUAUUGCAGAGUUGGAUGGAAAAACCAGACUCAAAAAACAUCCCAAGUCUGAUAUUGGAAAUGAUGGGAAAGACUCAUCAGUGGAGUCAGAUCGCCUCGCUGCAAGAAAAAGGCGCUUUGGGGAUUUAGGCGGCAAGACUGUUCGUCAGAAAAGAAGCAGGCAAGAAGAGGACAGCAGUCAGUUAUCAGACUUUGGGUCAAGUACCACUUACAUGAAAGAACCAGAUACAGACAAGCACAAAGAUCCUCAGCGACGAGAUGCACGACUUAAAACGGAAAAAGGUGCAAUACAAAAAGAUGGACUAGAGGAUCUCAGAGGACAAAGAGAGAAAUCUGAAGGAUCUACAGACCCAUCAGAGUCAAAACGCCAACAGGGAAGCACUUCAUCCAGAAGGGUCUCGCUAGAGGGGAAUUCAGAUCAAAGCGUUGUUAAGGAGCAAGAACAAAAUGCUACAUUCAAGCUUAAUCAGAAUGCUGAAACUAAUAAAAACACUAAGAAUAAGGAAGACCAUGUUGACAUUGACCUCUCUCAGAGUUACCGCAAGCAGAUGGAGCAAAACAGACGUUUACACUUGCAGCAGCAACAACAGCGUGAGUCUGACAAACUCAAAAAAGCAGAAAGCCUGCAAAGGAAUGAAACUGAGGACUUGGAACAUCGUAGUCUUGUGCAUGAAGUUGGUAAACCACCUGAGGAUGUCACGGAUAAUUUUCCAUCUCACAAACUCUCUGACCAGUUCGAAGUGGAGCCUGGGAUAAAGCGAGAGCGUGUCUAUAGGAGACAAAAAAGUGAAGAUCCUGACUGGAGUAGUACCCCCUCUCCAGGACACCAGGUCUUCUCUCAGCAUGCUGAUGAAGACUUUAUGGAUGCUUCUCUGAAGGAGUUGAGUCGAAACAAUCAGAAGAUUCACCCAGAACUUGAGCUUUUGGUCAAAAGGACUCACAACACACAGGUGAACAAGACAAACGCCCCCAUAAAUAUUGUCGAAGAAGAUCAGCAAAAGAGGUGGGAGAGCAGAGUUAAACAAGACCUAUUACCCAACCUGAACUUUUCUAGAAACUUAAGUAAAAACCUCCAUAACCGCAAGCCUUCGGAAUAUGGCCUUUGGCAUGAUUUAGAACCUGGGGAAGUGAGAUCAGACUCUGAGGAGGAUAGAGAGAACAAACCUCUCUCUCCUGCUCCAUCCACAUCUAUGCGUUUUUCUGACAGGCAGAGACCUGAUCGAUUUUCAGACCCAAAGCUAGCACAUCUUGAAAGAAACAAAUUCUACUCCUUAGCACUUGACGAGACCAUCACCCCUGAUACAAAGGCUCUACUCGAACGGGCAAAAUCUCUCUCAUCUUCUCGUGAGGACAACUGGUCAUUUUUAGAUUAUGAUUCCCACUUUGUAAAUUUCCGAAGCCAGAAAGACACAGAAAAAGUUGAAUCAGCACCAAGACCUACUCCUUCCUGGUACAUGAAAAAGAAAAAGAUACGAAGUGGAUCUGAAGACAAAUUAGAUGACAGGAAAGAAGAGUCCAAGCCAGAGGAACAGGAACGCAGAGAACUAUUCGCCUCACGUUUCCUUCACAGUGCUGUGUUUGAGCUGGACUCUAGACGACUUCAACACCUUGAGCGCAAAUACGAGGAACUUGAACAUAUGCUAAAUCAACAAGCUAGUCAGCAAGGGGCAGAGGGUGAACAUGAGACCGGCCCAGUUGUCCUCUUUCACAGUCGUUUUCUGGAGCUUACGCAACUGCAACAACAAAAAAACAAGAGUCAGCAGUUGCAGGAGGAUAAAGCAAACACAGUGUGUACAAAUGAAAAUAAAGAGGAAAAACUAUCUGAUCAGGAACAACAUGUUCUACGGUCUAAUGACACGUCAGAAUCUAGUGUGAUCGCACUAGUAAAACCCAUAAGUCCUGUUGAACAGGUUGUUCCUGAACCAAGACUCACUCCAAAUCUUGUUACUCUGUCUGUGAUCAAAGACACACCUCUUUCAGAUCAGAAAUGUGUGUUACCAAAUCCCCCCACUAAUGUAUGCCCACUUGUGUCUUUUACAAAAGAGGACAUGAAGGAAGAAGUAAAAGAAAGUGAAGAUAUUGUUCCGAUGCACCAUCCACCAACUGAGACCUUAAAAUCUGAACCUGCACCUGAAACCGUUCCUGAAACAAAGAUUUCUGAAGAGAAGCUGGAAGUAAUUGCUGAGGAUGCAAAACCUCCAGUUGCAGAUCAAACACACUACCCUGGUUCUCAUGAAGAGUUGGUCUGCAGAUCAGAACCAAAGCUAGGUUCUGAGACAUUACAAGCAGAAGUGCCAACAACCUGUAGUCCAAUACAAUCCCGUCUUGUUGAGGACGCGGAUGUAAUCAAGGAAGAGCCUCAUUCCACAUGUCAAACAGCAGUAGAGUCAGAAGGAGAGAAGAAACUUGAAGUUGGUAAAGAACAACUUUCUGUUGAUAGUGACACAAUUGAAGAGCCAGUCCCCUUUCAAAAAGAAAGCAAAACUAAAGAAAUGAAAACAAAAAAAGGAAAGCAAUCUCCUGCCCAAGUUCCUUUAACAUCCAUCUCCGUCUCUGAGAAACAAGCCACACGCAAGAGUGAACGCAUCGACAAAGAUAAGCUGAAACGUGGCUCAUCCCCAAGAGCUGAGACAAAGUCCACAGCCAAGUCUCCGAUUCCUGGAUCUGAUCAUGAUCAUUUGGAGCACAGUAUACCAAUAAGUAGAGCAAGGACGCGAAGAAAUGUAAAAUCUGUUUAUGCCACCCCAGUUGAAGACGAUGCACCGACUCGUGGAAAGGAAAUUACAGAGUCGCCGCGCUCUGCACGAAAGCGGGGUACGGAGAAAGAAGCUGCACAGCACAGCACUGAGCUGGAACCACCUGCUCCAACUCCCGUCAAACAACGUGGCCGCCCUCCUAAAAACCGCAGACCGGUUGAAGAGAUUUCAUCUGCAAAAGCAGAUAAAAUAAAAAUGGACAGUAAGGAUGCGGAUUCAAAUGAGUCGGAGAGCGGGGAGCGUAUUUCAAGAGUAGCUAAAGGGAAAACAUCCCCUCAUCUGGCAAAGGGUUCUUUAAAUCCAAUACCCUCGGCCACAGGCUCAAAGAAAGGGGACAAAGCUGAAGCCACUGAUGAGAAACAAGUAAUACAUUUUACUGAAACAGAUACUGUGUCUACACAACAUUCAUUGGAUUCAGGCAAAGAUUCUUCAGUAAAAUCUGAUGUAAAGAAAGGUGAAAAAGACAAACUAGGUGCAGAACUGGGCAAAGACAAAGAUGUUCAUGAAAAAAUAUGCGAGGGGAAAUCGAAUGGCAAAGAGACGGACUCUCUGGUUGUUGAGGAGAAACUUGCCCAAGAGAAAGACAAGAUUUUAAGAGGAAAAAUCAAAUCAACAGGGGCCCCAAAGCCUCAUGUUCUUAAGGACCUCCAAAUCAGGCUAAAUGUCACAGAGGUCAAAGAUCUUCUUCAACUAGGUGAUGAGGAGUUUGGAAAUCAAGAAGACCCGUCAAAGAAGGUCAGUCCUGGUGACCUCAAUGAACAUGUUUCAAGGUGCACUACUGCUAACAAAGAGUGCCCUAAUGAAGAAAAAGAGGAAAAGGAUAUGGAUGCGUCAAAGAGCUCAUUCUUACAGGAGCGGGAAUUAGAGCAGGCAGUUGAGAACAUCGCCAAAUUUACUGAACCAGCUUUUACGACAGAGCUGGCGACCCCACCUGUCCCUCCUGCGGAGCGAAAAAGUGAUCCAGAGGAGGAAAAGCCUUGUAAUCCUGCCAGUGAGACAGAGCUGAUGGCUGCUAUUGACUCAAUAACUGCUGAAGAUGCAAGUGUAUCCCUCACCCCAGCAGCUCCAAUUAGCACAGAUGUUUGUUCAGAACCUGAGAUCCAUGAUUUUGUCCAGCCAGUCAAGGUUGAAGAAUCUCAAACUGCUAUGCAAGAGGAACCUGUCUUCUCAAAUACACCCAAAAAGGGUUACAAGGGAAGGCCCAAAACACCUAAACGCUCUAAAGCCCUAAAGCAUGCCAGAAAAGAUGUAAAAGAAGAACCGUCUAUAAGUGAGGAGCUGGCGGUGCCUUUAGCUGAGAGCACAGCUUCUGAUAUAAAGAUUGUUUCUGAGAAGCCCCCAUCUGCUGCAGCAGCAGCAGUUAUUACUCCUGUGUCCUGGAUAUCAGAGUCGGAACUUCCAGCUGUUAAGGCUGCAGGGUCGGAGUUACCGUCAUCGGUGGAAGAGCAACCACAAGCCGUACAUCCCCAGGCUAAGAGUCCCAUGUAUUCAAAGCCUCACCAGCUACCAGCUGACUGUGUUUCUCCUUCUCUGGCUUCAAACAGACCAAAUAUUAGAUCCAUUCAAACAAGUAGAGCGCCUGUUUCUCCACCUGACUGGCGACACCAGACUAAAGAUGCAUGUGUUUCCUCUGCACAUAUAAUGUCAGUGGCAGCCAAGGAGAGCCAACCAGCCUCCUCAGACUCCAAUAAAGAGCAUGAUCAAGGCACAAGUGACUUGAGGCAGAUUCUUAUGAAACCUAAAGCUGUUUCACUCCCAACCAAUCUGCCCAGCCUCCGAGAUCAGAAUCCCUCUGAAAGCAAUCCUGCCAUCACAGCCGCUAUUCAAAAUAGAUCCCCACUCCCUGAUAGUAAAACGGCAACUCAUUCGGCGCCACCUAUUGUCCGAACACCCUCCACAUUAACCUCCGAGACAAAAUCUGUGAUCUCUGUUAUUGCAUCUACUGCAACAUCUGUUAUUAGUCGUGUUUGUAACCCUCUUGAGUCUGAGGAAAAAGCUAAUUUAAACAUUGGAAAUCCCUCCAUGGACAUGGCUCUGCCCAAAACGGCCUACAGGCCCAGCAAAGAUGAUACUGGGCCAUACCAUGGGCCACCUGAUGAAGCAGGAACACGCUUCAUUGUUGAUGCCCCCACUUACAGCUCUGGGUCUUGCUCUGGUCUGAGAGUAAACACAUCUGAAGGAGUGGUAGUGCUGAGCCACUCGGGCAAGAAAAAUGAGGGACCUCUGAGAAUCAGUGCCAAGAUUAGUCAAAUCCCACAAGCAACAGCAGGUGACAUGGAAUCUCAGCAGUUGAUGUCCAUUCCCCAGAUUAAACAAGAUGUAUACGGUCAUUCUCAGUCAGGACAUCAGAAGGGGUCUUCACAGACAGAUUAUGGGCAUCCUAGUAAACCACAAUCAGCUCUAUCUUCAAUUAAGCAGGAAAGCAGCAGUUUAGAUAAGAUGGAUUCAGCUUACCUGUGUGGGUCCCAAGGAGUUGUAAAGCGUCUCCCGCAGGGCAAUCAGCAAGUUAUGGGUUAUCACCAGGACUAUCUGCAUUUAAAACAUCAAAAGAAGAUGGACAGUGUUGAUCCUCAUGGUGCAGAUGGAGCUAAACCAUCUUGGACCUCUACUGUAAGCCCUGCUAUAAGCCCACAUUUACCUUCACCCCCUGGGAACCAUGUAGGUUUUGUCACAUCAGCUGGUGAGAGAAAUCCAUCACACCUUAGUGGAAUCAAACAGGAACCACGGUCCCCACGAAAGUCAGGUCAUCCACAUCCUACGUUUACUAAGGUGUCGUCACCUCUCGGCUCCUCAUCACCCAAGGGGAUUUCUGUAAUGCUAUCCUCCGCUCUCAACCCUAUGCAGCAGUUUAUGACUGGUGUCCACCAUCCAGAGCAGUCAGUUAUCAUGCAACCUCACAGCGUGCCUGGAGGCUUGGGACGAAUGUCUCCUCACUGUGUUUCCCAGUCGAUUCCAGUGGGACAUCUUGUUCAGGGAGAGGUUAGGGUUAACACUCCGCCUCUGUCUGUGAUGAACUACGUGCACAGCGAUCAGCUUGCCUCUCCUUGGUCUGGUUCAAUGCAGCCUCGAUCCUCCUCCCCCCAGGCUGUUGGCAGGGACAUGGUCCUCAAAGUUAACCAUGGUUCUUUGCUGGGUCACGAGGGGGAACAGAAAGAAUCAAGACACUUCCACCAAGCAGGGAGACCAUCUGCUACCCUGCCGUCUGAUACUCGGGGAACUUUGAGGAGUAACGUUCCGUUGGAAACCUUCAUGGCUCAGAGAGACAUGCGUGUGCACCUGCACCAGCCGGGGGAACGUUUGACCUUGGACCCCCAUUCUGGACACAUUCAAGAAACUCUACCACCCUCUUUAUCUCCAAGAGCUCACAUUUUGCCUAAAGGCGUGUCUGACAAAGACAUAAAGUCGCUGGAAGCAAAGAGACCACACUCUCCUCUUCCAAAGGAUGGAAUGAUGGGAAUCCGACAGUCUGGCCCUGCAAUUGCAUCUCCCCAGACAGCUCCUCUAAUGCCACCGGGACCUAGUGGGUCAUUCUCAGAGUACUCAGGAAUGUAUCCAAACCGCAUCCAGUCUCAGAUCCCAGACACCUCUGUUGGGCAUAACCAGCCACCACUGAAUGUCACACCAUCUAUGGGUGCAGAACUCCAGACUAAACCAGAUGGCAAGAUGACCCAGCCUGUUAAUAUGGUGCAGUUGCUCACGAAGUACCCUAUUGUGUGGCAAGGCCUCCUGGCUCUCAAGAACGACACUGCUGCUGUCCAGUUGCAUUUUGUCUGUGGAAACAAAGCUCUGGCUCAUCGAUCACUGCCUCUGCAAGAAGGGGGCGCUCUGCUCAGGAUUGUCCAGAGAAUGAGACUAGAGGCCUCUCAGUUGGAGAGUGUAGCCAGAAGAAUGACGGGUGACAGCGAUUACUGUCUUCUCCUUGCUUUGCCAUGUGGACGAGAUCAAGACGAUGUCAUAAACCAAACUCAAGCUCUUAAAGCUGCAUUUAUCAACUACUUGCAGGCAAAACUGGCAGCUGGUAUCAUCAAUAUCCCUAAUCCAGGUUCCAAUCAGCCCGCAUAUGUGCUCCAGAUUUUCCCACCCUGUGAGUUUUCCGAGAGCCACUUGUCACAGCUCGCCCCUGACCUUUUGAACAGGAUCUCCAGCAUCUCACCACACCUCAUGAUUGUCAUCACCUCUGUGUGACCUCCAUUGCUGGGAACCCCUCCCAUCAUUGGAUGUGCUUGCCCACGAGCCUCAGGAAGCCAGAGGAGUUUCUCCCAGUUUUUGUGUUCCUGGAUACAGUUUGGAAAACAGUUUUGGAUGUACCUUUUAUAAACUUUUUUUUUUUUUCUUUCGUUUUUCACUCCUGUCUGGUAUAUUUGUCCUUCUCACAAAAACUCAGGGAUGGAUCAAACCAGAACGAGUCUUACUUGACCAUUUUUCUGCUGUAUUUAUAUUUAUUGAAGUUUUAUUCUAGUGUUUUGGAGAUGCACAGAAGAAGAAAAAUAAUUCGUGUUAAAAUAAGAACUGGUGACUAUCUAGGCGGCAUCUUUUGUUGGUGUUUUUUUCUGACUCAUUUCUUCACGGGAGGAUCAUUAAAGCUGUUGAACUGCAGCAGUUAACAGGACAUUUCGUGUAAUUUUAAAAUAAAUAAUGUACAGACUUCCUCACUCUGCCUUUUAUUAGAGGAAGAAUGAACUUGUAAAUCUAUGGAGACCCUGAUGAGGACCAUGUUCAUUUAACAGCUACUUCAUUUCCACCAACUCUGCUUAUUUUCCUCACUACUGAAGUGGUCACACAUCCGGCACGGGCCUUCACGUUGAACAAGCUUCAUUAUGAGUGCUUUUUGUUUUUCCAGUACAGACCAUUGUAAAUAUUUUAAAUAUUUAAACGUCAGUGGAAAGAUGACGACUUAACAGAGACUUUACCUCCGGGACAUGUGAGAACGCAGAGUGUGGAAAUUUAGAUGGAUCUUUACUUUUUCUGCUGUAAAUACUUGUAACACAAAGAAAAUUGGCAAACUCUGGGUGGAGUCUGCUGAUGGCACUUCAUAUUUUGUAACUCAAAUAAAACAAACUGCAGAAAACCUGA